GGUACAUUCAAUUAAGUACCUGAGGUAAACAGAACCAAAUGCGAUUCUGAAUAUAUCUCACCGUUGAAUAACACAAUGGACAAGAAGAAAUGUCUUCGUCUCCUGUGUGCCAGACCUGGCCUAUACUCUGAAGGUCCUUCCGUCAUCUUCGUCGGCCUUUCAGGAACCAGAGUAGUCCUCGACAUCCUCGCCGGGCUCCCUAUCAUUUUCGUCCUCGGACUCGUAUUCCCUGUCGUUGCCAGUCUCCUCUUCCUCAUCCUUCUUGUUGUAUUGGUAUUCAGUCUCGCUCCAUUCCGUAAGGGGGACGGUCAAACUUGGCCCCGCGGUGACCGAAGCAGCUCAGAGUCCCGUUGUCGUUGUACAGAACCCGGCCGAGGUUGAUCCACGUCUGUUGCCGUGUCUCGUUCAAGGCCAGGCAGCCACACACCAGGUACUGCGUCCUGUAUUCGCGCUGGUUGGU